CCAGCACAGAUAUUUCUUUUCCAUUUAUUUAUCCAUUUUUUUUGUUCCUAAAAAAAUAUCCUCUCUUUUUUCUCUCUCCCUCUCUUUCGAGGUCUAUAUCAUCGGGGUUCGCUCUAUCAUCUACGUCGCUGCAAAAAGGUGGUCCAAUCUCUUUACUUGUUUCUUAAAACUCCUUUACUUGUUCUUCCUCUAAUACCCAUUUGCUCUUCUUUUCUCUAUUUUCCAUUUUAAGAAGAAAAAAAAAAUAAUUUAUUUUUUCAUCCUUGAUCAAGGAGAAUUAGUUCAGCCAGCCUCAAAGAUCCAACAUUUUUUCUUUUCUUCAAAAGGAUAUAUAUAUAUAUAAGGUUGAAGAGAAAAGCAAACAAGAGGGCAUUGAAUCUGUGGUGGUAUUGGGGUGUGGAUAAGUGAAGAGAAGAACUCAGAUCUAAGAAAGUAUAAAGAAUAAUAAUGUCUUUCACUGGCACCCAACAGAAAUGCAAGGCUUGUGAUAAGACAGUUUAUCCGGUUGAGCAGUUAUCUGCAGAUGGUGUUUCUUACCACAAGUCUUGCUUCAAGUGCUCCCAUUGCAAAGGGACUUUGAAGCUGAGCAACUAUUCCUCAAUGGAAGGGGUUCUUUAUUGCAAGCCCCAUUUCGAGCAACUCUUUAAGGAAACCGGUAGUUUCAACAAGAACUUCCAGUCGCCUGCAAAGUCAGCUGAGAAGUUAAAUCCCGAACUGACUAGGUCACCUAGCAAAGCUGCCAGCAUGUUCUCCGGAACACAAGACAAAUGCGCAACUUGCGGUAAAACUGCCUACCCAUUGGAGAAGGUGACAGUGGAGAGCCUGACUUAUCACAAGUCAUGUUUCAAGUGUUCCCAUGGUGGCUGCGCCAUAACUCCAUCUAACUAUGCAGCGCUUGAGGGAGUUUUGUACUGCAAGCACCAUUUUGCCCAGCUUUUCAAGGAGAAGGGGAAUUACAACCAUGUUCUCAGGUCCGCGUCGUCGAAACGUACAGCGGCGGCACCGCCCUCUGUUCCUGAAGCAUAAAUGCAUAAGAAAAGAAAAAUUUGUGGUGUGGUUACGACUUACAAUGACUCUUCUUUGGUUUGAGAGUGUGUUUUCUUCCCCUCAACACCAUGCUUUUUACAUGGUGGAGGAUUGGCAAAACUUGGUUCUUCUCUUAUCAUUUUGGGCUCACAAGUGUUGGGCAUGUUCUUGUGUUUGCUUGUUAUAUUGGAUAUGAAAUCCAACGGUUAUAAAAUGACAAAUUUUAGAACCUUA